AUGAAUAAAUCAAAAGAAAAACACCGCUAUAUCUCACAGUUAUAUGUUGUUCCUGCAGUUGAUGCAGUUGAUGCUGGUAAAGGCCAACUCGAAAUUAGUGUUAAUCAAGGCAAAGUACCAAACAAUGUACAGAUGCAAGGUGCUGGACGUUGUUUGGUUACUUUUAUACCACAGUAUCCGGGUAAAUAUGUCAUCGAUGUCACGUUCAACGGAGAACAAGUUCAAGGUUGUCCAAUUCGAGUAGACAUACUGCCGAAGCAGGUCGGUCAGAGUGUUUCAACACCAAUUGUUUCUCAACAAAGCGCUACAGUUACACCAACAGGUAAUUUUGGCGAUAUUUUUAUUGGAUAUAAAUCAGGAUUGCAAGCAUCUGAAAAGCAAACAACCACCGCAACAACGACCAUAACAAAACAACAACCAUCAGCCACCUCACCAUCCUUCAUACGUCAUUUAAAACAACCAUCUUCCGAUCAAAUUCAGUAUCCAAGAUCACCAAAUUUGUUGCGUAAAGUUGAACAAUCAACAAAACUAGACACUAAAACCAAACCUAUUUCCAGCUCAAGAUGGGACUCUACAAGCGUACAGCAGUCCACAGCAACAGCGCGACCGUGGGCUUCUUCGCUAACACAUUUAGCGUCGUCACACUCACCAGUUGCAAAUGCUGACAGAGAACGGAUGACAAGUUCUUUGGAACGGCCAACGAAAGCGCUUAAUGGAACGAAGAGGUAUGAAGUGGAAUCGAAUAACGACAGUGAUGAAUUGUCAAUAUACAGCGAUAAGGACCGUCAUGCGUUAGGCUACACUGUAGCGCAGUACGGUAACGGUGCUCCUCACACAACGACGAGUCGAACCUACACUGACGAUGGUCGAGGCAAAGUAACAUCGACAUACACAGCAGAGACUCGUUAUAGUUCAGUGUCACCGAUACGUUCCUAUGAAUACACGAAAGAUUCUUCAACAACACCCAGUAAACUGAUUGAUUCUAAGCAAGCUGACCGUGAUUCAACAACACCAAAACCAUCACCACGUGUCACGCUAGACUCAUCAGUUGAUUUCGUUUCGUCAACAUCCAAACAAGACUAUGUUCAUGAGGGCAAGACGAACGCUAAAGGCACUAGCGACUACAUAACGGAAAGUCGAGGUUAUGGCAUCGAUGAGCCAUUAUCAACGAGUGCGUUAGCAACUAGAAGUAGACAUGAACUACCGAUUGCGGCAUCGAAAAAGGAUGAGAAGGACACUGAUAGAGUGAAGUCGUUGAGAUAUUUUGGUGAUGAUGAAUUGUCGUCGCGAGAUGGUGGUGGUGGUGGUGGUGACAUUGGCAUGAUUCAAACAACCUACGAACAGUUCAAGUCAACCAGUGCGUCAUCGCGUGAUAUGAUUAACAGUGAUAACAGACCAUCACAUACAUCGUACACAUCGAGCAUUUUCGAUCCGAGUCAAAUGCUGCCGAAGGAUAAAGAGAAAGAUUCACUUCCGAAAAAGGAUUAUUCGUUUGGUAUCAAAUCCGGAGCAGGUUACCGUCAUGAGGAAGAGUAUUUCGAUGACCAGGAUCAAGAUCGAUUCCCGUCACCUCCUUCACUUCAUUCCCAACCUCACUAUCAGUCACGAGAACAACCACCCCCAUAUCCAGCCACUUUGCCACCGCCGUUGAAUGAUUCCCCAGUGACUGUACUGAAACGACUGCAAGAUCUACCAUCUGAACCCAAAAAUUGGAUCAGUACUAAAGUCAAUGACAAGAAUUAUCAGUAUGUAUCAGGUGUAGCAGUGGAUAAGGUGAUAGCGGAAGAUAAUACAAAGGAUGCAUAUAAGACGAAUGAACGGUAUGGAGUAUCCUCGGCAUCUCAAUAUGGAUGGUUGUCAUCUGAUAAAGAAAGAGACGCCAAAGGAGAAGUUGGGGAACGAUCAAAAUUGGUUGAAAGUGAUACAUAUGGUAGUGCGAAGAAACGGGAAUAUGAGAAACCGAUAGAGACGGAAAGACGUAAACGAGAUCAGUUGAUGCGUGCAGCAAAAAGCGAAGGAUAUGACGAGAGUCAACAGUCCGCUCUAAGAACACGAUCUGAAUUCGAUGCUAAUAAAAGUCAAUUAAUUCAAGAUUCAAAACAACAACGCGAUAAGCAUAUAUCAUCACAGAGUCGCAUUAUUGGUGACAUUGAUGUUCAAGUUCUUAAAAGGUCGAAUGAUCUAGAGCAAACUGAAUUACCAGACAUACUCAAGAAAGCCGUUGACUAUGUGUAUAUGCACGUCAAGGAAGAGGCCGUUGAUUAUGAGUAUAUGUACGUCAAGGAUGAGCAUGAAUUAUCACCUCAACUUAGUACAUCCUUGUCAAAAACCGAUCGUGCUUUGGUGUCUUCUAAGUCAUCAUCAAUUGGAGUGGAUGAACCAGAGGAGCAUAUAUCGUCGGAUGUUAUUGAAGAGUUCAACCCGCACAGUUCAACCAAACUAAACGCGCAAGCACUUCGACGUCAAGAAGAUCUUGCUGAAACCAUGGAGGAUACCGUAAAGAGUAUUGAAAGACCCGAGCAGCUAUCGCUAUCUCAACCAACCACACCAUCCACGACUCCGAAAACAACGCCAAAAUUGAACUUGAAAUUCAACAAGCGCAAUCAUUUCAAAGCAUUCAUCUCCAGUCAUUCUUAUGUGCAGGAAUCAAAGGAACAAAAAGGUUUCGAUUUCGGUAAAUCAAAAUUCACAUCGAAACAUGAAGUGGUUAAACGAGGUAAAGAUGUUGAACUGAAACUGGAAUCAUUGAAACUCUCCAAAGAUGAUCAACUUCGCAUUGUUGUGACGCCACCCUCAAGCAGUGCUGGCGAUGGGAACGAAAUUGAAGCCAAAGUCAAAAAAUCACGACAUAAUUAUGAAAUAACAUUCAGACCAACGGAAGUUGGCACUCAUAAGGUUAUGGCAUACGUGAACGAUGUUGUACAUCCAUUGUCACCAUUCCCGAUUCGUGUUUACGACGCAUCCGAAAUAGUUGUCGGUGAAAUUGUGCCAGAGAGCACAAUCAAUGAUACUGUUGAGUUCACUGUGGAUGCUGGUCGUGCGGGAUUCGGUAAUUUAGAGAUGGCAAUAAAAGAUAACAACGAUGUCAUAAUACCAUCGCACGUAUCACAACUCGAAUCCGGCACUGCCAAAUUCUUGGUCACAUUCAAUCCAACGUCUACCGGAAUGCAUACCGUUAAUAUCACGUUCAACAAAGAAGUCUUGAAAAACAGUCCUUUUGAGGUGAAUAUUGUAGAGGCACAAUCACCAGCUGAAGUAAUUUCAUUAGAAGGCAAGAAAAAAGAUGCAAAGAAAGACAAGGAGGAGAAGAAACGAGAGGAGAAGGAAAAGGCGAGAAAAGAGAAAGAAGAGAAACAAAUGGUUGAAAAUCUGAAAAGAACUAAGACCAAGGAUUCGAAAAAGAAGAAACAACAAGAAGAGAGAACGACAUGUGUCACUAAAAUUCCGUCGUUGAGUCGAGUUGGCAAAUGUGCUCAGAUAUUCGUUUCAGUGGCUGGUGAUCAGCCUCUUGAUGUCUAUGUUGCUGACCCUAUGAAGAACUCAGUCGUUAGCGAGAUAAUGGAUCACGAGCCUGGUGUUAAACGCAUUGAAUUCACACCGAUACUCGUUGGUGACCAUGAAAUCGACAUAAAAUAUGCUGGUGUAGAUGUACAAGGAAGCCCGUUCACAUGCCGUGCCUAUGACCCUGCGAAAAUAAUGGUUGCGAACAUACCAAAUGGAGUUGUUAACAAGGCAGUUCAUUUUGUCGUGGAUGCGAGUGAGGCUGGUGUCGGUAAUUUGGAAGUGGCCGUGAACGAGGGACGUAUCCCAUCGAUGGCUCAGUCAUUAGGACAACAUCGUUAUGAUAUAUCAUUUGUGCCUCACGAACAAAUUGAUCACACCGUAUCGGUCAGAUUCAAUAAUGAACCUGUACCAGGCAGUCCAUUUGUGUGUCGUCUGGUAUCACCGAGAACGAUAACAGCAUCAGGCGCUGGUCUGGAACGCAUUCCAGUGGGUCAGCUAUGUGAAUUCAAUGUGCUCGUAGAGGGUGAUAAAGAGAUAGUACCGAAAGUGAACAUAAUUGAUUCACAAGGCGAUGAAUUAGAUGUGAACAUUAUAACUGAUGACAGUGCACAGUCGGAUAAUUCGCAGAAAUACAUCAUGCAAUACACACCCAAAUGUGUUGGAAAUCAUCAGAUUGAAAUCGAAUACGACAACGAACCGAUCAGUGGCUCACCGUUCCAAUCGAAGGCGUUCGAUGCGAGAUGUGCAAAGUUAUCAAAAGUUGAUAAUGCUGUAGUUGGGCAACCAACAACGUUUACAAUUGACGCUGCAAAGGCGGGUGCUGGCAACAUGGAAAUCAUCGUUAGUGUCGACAAUAAAAACGUGCCCAACUUUGUUCAGGUUCACUUUUCAUCCAUUAUCAAGACAUUCUUUUCACCACUUGUUGAUGAUCUAAUAAACUCACCACGUUUUAGUUCGCCAAUGUCAUGCCCUGUCGCACCUAAGCAGUCAUCACAACCGGUAGCUGUCGUUCAUCAACCACUGCAAGAUUCAGCAAUNGGCGGUGGAAUACAGGAGAUCAAAGUUAUUGGUGAUCUGACUACUGGACAGGUUGGGCAGUUAAAAGGCUUCAAUAUCGAUAUGGCUGGUCGAAAUGCAGAUUGCAACGUUCUGGUGACUGAUCCAAAAGGCAAUCAACUAAAUGACAUUCAGUUCGAAAAAUCGCUCAAUGGUUAUCGUGUCCAGUUCAUCCCUCAUAUUGUCGGAGAAUAUGAAAUAGAAAUCGAUUUGGAUGGAAAACCAGUGGGUAUUGGUCGAUUUUUAAUGAACGUCUUUGAUGCACCAAAAUUAUCGAAAAUUCCAUCGAAUAUCAUUGCUGGUAAUAUGCUCAAUUUGGAAUGUACGUUCUUUCAGAUUUUAUUUACUGUUCAGUGA